AUGAACGGCAAGGCAGACCUUCAGCGGCAGCUGGCCGAAACAAGAGGGUUUCCGGCCAUCAACAAAGCCACCAUCAUGCAGAUGCUCCAGGUCGUCCUGUGCUCCGAGUUGCCAAUGGUAACAGUGGCAACGUUCAAUCGCCAGCAGCUCCCCACCCUGGCCCUGGCCAAUAACCCUUUCGUGGCCUCCAGGUUCCACACCGUCAUGGGUCGUUUCAGUGCAGUGGGCCCAGAGCCCCAGGACCCGGAGGUUGACAGGAGUGAGGCGACGAGCUCAGAAACAUCCUCGCCGCUAAACACCGCCGCAGCCCCCAACUUGCCAACGUCUGAGAAAGCGCUGGCCGGACCGCAGCCGGUACCGGAGCCUUCGGCACCCAAGCCUCCGGCAGCCGAGCCGGCAGCCACAAAGAAAGCGUCCAAUCCGCCCACCGGCGGGAAGCUUUUGAAGAAGUUCCAGGAUAUCAUGGCCGUCUCGCACCUCUAG